AUGCCUGGGGGUCUCUUCACGGGGCCCGUCCUGGAGCAGCACCGAUGUGAAUUUAACCGAAUAAUGAAGAAGCACACAAUUAAUAAAGUCUACGGGUACUGCGAGGAGGAGCUGCUGUCUCGGUCAAUUUGGGGCUGGGAGAGCGGGUUUCAGCCGAACAUCCAGACACCCUCGGUCACGAGGUCGCAGCUCCUCCUGCCCCGCCGCCGACCCCCAGACACAGGGUGGGUAAGGACGUGCGGCCGGCCCCCCGAGAGAAGAGCCGUUGGGCGGGCGCCGCCGCCCCGGGUUCCGCAUCUUUUUGGGAACGUUCGUAAAGGGAGGAUCACGUUUCAGCACUUCAGCUUCCUCAAGCGCCUGUACGUGACCCAGGUGAACAGAGACCUCAGCCAGCGAGCGAAACCCAAGCCGGAACCGUCGACCGACCCCUUUCUCGAGAAGACCGCCCCGGCUCCGGCCGAAACGCUUCCGCGGGCGCUCGGCCCCGUGGCGCCGCCCUGCCCGCCCGCGCCGUCGGCCGGAGGGGGAGCGGAAGGAUCGGAGGCGGCCUCGCCGGCGGGACCGGCCCUCGGGGACGAGAGACGGUGGAAGGAGAUGGAGCUCAAGCUGGAUGACUUACCGGGAGUUCUGGCCCGCUUGUCCAAAAUCAAACUCACAGCCCUGGUGGUGAGCACGGCCUCCGCUGGAUUCGCCCUGGCUCCGGUCCCCUUUGACCUGACGUGUUUCGUCCUCGCCUCCGCGGGAACGGGCCUCGCCUCUUGCGCCGCCAACUCCGUGAACCAGUUCUUUGAGGUGCCAUUUGACUCGAACAUGAACAGAACGAAGAACAGACCUUUGGUUCGGGGGCAGAUCAGCCCCUUGGUCGCGGUGUCCUUCGCCGCCUGCUGUGCCGUGCCGGGGAUCGCCCUGCUCGCCUUGGCAGUCAACCCGCUGACCGGCGCCCUGGGAGCCUUCAACAUCUUCCUGUACACCUGCUGCUAUACGCCCCUGAAGAGGAUCAGCAUCGCCAACACCUGGGUGGGCGCUCUGGUGGGAGCCAUCCCGCCCGUCAUGGGCUGGACGGCAGCCACGGGCAGCCUGGACGCCGGUGCGCUGCUGCUGGGUGGCAUCCUCUACUCCUGGCAGUUCCCUCACUUCAACGCCCUGAGCUGGGGCCUGCGGGAAGACUAUUCGCGCGGAGGGUACCGCAUGAUGUCCGUGACCCACCCGGCCCUUUGCCGGCGGGUGGCGCUGCGCCACUGCCUGGCCCUGACGGGGCUCUCGGCCGCGGCCCCCGCCCUGGACGUCACCACCUGGACCUUCCCCGUCGUCGCCCUCCCCAUCAACGCCUACAUCGCCUACCUCGGCUUCCGGUUCUACCGGCAGGCGGACCGCGGCAGCUCCCGCAGGCUCUUCUUCUGCAGCCUCUGGCACCUGCCCCUCUUCCUGCUCCUCAUGCUCACCUGCAAGAAGGCCCCGGCCCGGCGGGAGCCCGCCCGCUGACGAGGGGCCCGGGGCCGGGCCGGCCCCGGGGCGAUGUCGGGGGAGGACGGCGCCCUUCGGAGGCAGUUGACCCGCGAGGAACGU